UAUUCAAAUUUUCCUAUUAGUCAGCUGGUGACAGAAGCCUUGCACAACGAAAAGUUGAAUUAAUAUCUGAAAACAACACUGCUAGUAAUCACUCAAGUGAUUAUGUUGCUUUCAGACAGAAAAAUGGGAUGUGCAGCGAAAAAGGAAGUGAUGCUCAAAGCUCUUGUACAAAGCCAGACACGGAGGCUGAGAGUGCAUGCAUGCAAAAUCUGCAGGACUUUUCACAGCCAAUGUGUCAGAGUUCUUCUGUUGUCAGUGAUGGGAAAAUACAUAAGCAUGGAGGAUGUGCUAGAUUGGAUCAGGGAUCAAUUGCACAUGUGAACAAAAAUGAAGAGAAAUCAACUAGAUCUGUAUCGGAGGUGACACCUUCGAAUGAAGCUAAUGAUUCAGCUAUAUUUGUUCCUGGAGAAGACCAUGCUUAUGGGAAAACAAAGACUCUCUUUGAAGAUGUUGCAGCAGAGAGUCAGAGUGACAAAGCUAUUAUUACUAGUGCAACUCACGAAAACAAUCAUGAAAGGGCAGCACCUCCUAGUGAAGCCAUUGACUUCAUUGGAGCGUUUGAUAAUCACCUGAGGUGCACUUCUGGGCAUUCGUGUAAUGCUGUUCCCAAAGAAGUGUUAGCUAAUGAGAUGAAAACCUUUUCUGCUUCAAACAAUAAGUUGGUUUGCACUCCAUUAUUGGAGCUUUCCCUGGAAAGAUCCCAUCUGAGUGGCUUGGAAAAUCAAGGAACAGAUGAAAGACAUACAUUGAACCAUUCAAAUGCAUCGGCUUUUUCAUGGUAUAAUCACAGGAAACCUCAGUCUCCCCUUCCAACAUCAACCAAUGUUUGCACUGAACCCAGAGAUUGCUCAAGCAAAUCUGGCAAACAUAUGCCAAAUCAGGAUCCUGGUCAUAUUGAUCAUGCUCCUCCACAUGGUAGUCUAAAUAAAUUUCAGGAAAGUGCAACUUCUUCAGUUGGUCAAUCUGACCCAGCUGAAACAGUGCUACAAUGCCAGCAGCGGGGGGUCAUUCCUGUCCCUGUUCCCAUCACAGGGAUGAGGUUAGAUGGUUUAUCUGCCUGCUAUGCUACUGUACUGCCACACAUGUUUUAUUCACAAUCUGGUCAACUGCCAUUAUGGGGUCAAAGUUCCGGAAGCCAUCAAGAACCCACCACUGUUUGUCUCAAUUUGUCUCGUCAGUCCAAUCCAGAAAUUCAGUAUGAACUAGUUAGUCGCAUUCAGGAUCAGAAUGCUGACAGUUCCACUAAUCAAACAUUGCACGGGCAGGAACUUAAUGUUGAAGCUCUGGAAGAUCCAGGAGAGAUUUCCCCACUCACUGGUCAGAGUGCAAAUAGCAGUAUAUAUAACGGUGCUAGAAGCCACCUUAACAGCAGUGGUUGUGGGAGUGUUUGCAAUGGAACCAAUGGCAAUGCCACUGCGGUUGUUGCUGCCAGGGCCACUGCAGAAAGCAGGAGUGGUGAAAGCCUCUUUGUCCAUGACAGAGUUGAAGGGAUGGAUCCUAAUCGUUCCACCCAGAGAGAAGCGGCUCUAACCAAGUUCAGGUUGAAACGGAAAGAUAGAUGCUAUGAGAAAAAGGUUCGUUACCAAAGCAGGAAAAAACUUGCUGAGUCGCGUCCCCGUAUGAAAGGACAGUUUGUUCGUCAAGCGUCACUUUUUGAUGAUCCCUCAGCUGGAAAUGAUUGCUGGAAGGCUGGGGAAGGAUAAGAGCUUUGUUCUCACAGUGAUGUGUCUGCCGUUGUUUUGACUGCAAAUUUUCUUGCAUCUGGUGUAAAUAGUAGUGUAAUUAUU